AUGAUAUCAAACCUAAAGGCUCGCGCUAAACGUCGCCUGGGCAUCGGCGUACGAGCACAGGAUACUGCUGUUCCAGAGUUACCCAAUCAAACCGAUCCUUCAAUAUCUGCCAUUCCAACUUCGCCGUUACCCGAAUCGCCUACCACUCCGAGCAAUAAUACAUCUACUGUGCAUCUGAAUAAUGGCUGGAAUAUAUCAACUACAUCGUUGCCCGCCUUGACCCUCAGCACCGACAAACCUUCCGAAUCCAGCACGAUUGAUGAUAGCGUCCGUCCUGUUAUUGAUAAUAGACAUAGCACAAUGAGAUUUAAAACGCGUACUGAGAUUUAUUUAUGGUCUGGGCUCAAAAAACUGUCGAGCUUGUUGGAUUCAAGCACUGAGGCAUUUGGUCCUCUUAAAUCGGCUAUCGGGGGAUUGAAGUGGUGCAUCGAUCUCUACGAGAGCACCAUUAGGGCUAAUAGCGAAUAUAAUGAACUUCGUGUCAAACUCGAUUCACUCCUUGGUGACUUGAGCAAAUUCGUAGACCGCCCAAUAAAUCCUACCAUGAUGUCCAACGUGAUAUACCUGAGCAAGCGAAUUCAAACCGAACUAGCACUGGUGCUACAAAAACAGGAACGAGGUCUAAUACGACGACACGCAGAAACAUUGGGUGAUCCAGAUGAAGUAGUGAGAAUCUACCGUCGUAUUAACACUCACCUCGAGCGUUUUAUGUUCAAUGCCAACUUGAGUAUAUGGGAGACCAUCGAACAGCAAUCAACGGACGCUCUCAUCGAGAAGCUAUCGUUCGCUACUUCGGCUAUGUACAACUCCGCUGAAGCAAUCGAUGUAAAAAGAGGCCCAUGUACUCCGGAAACUCGCCAGAGCGAGCUGGAGCAACUUCGUGGAUGGGGACAUGGAGGUCAGUCCCAUAACGUGUACUGGCUAAAUGGCAUGGCUGGCACGGGCAAAACUACGCUUGCGUACAGCCUGUGCGCCGAACUGGACCAAAACCACAGACUUGGGGCUAGUUUCUUCUGUUCGCGCACGAUACCCGAGUGUCGAAACGUCAAGUAUAUCCUACCAUCUAUUGCAUACCAGCUAGCAUCCUUCUCGCCCCCAUUUCGAUAUGCUUUGUCCCAGACUCUAAGAUUGGAUCGCGACGUGCAUCACCGGCUCCUCAAGAGCCAAUUCGAGAGUCUUAUUGUUAAGCCGAUACUCGCGGCCAAACAUACGCUAUCUUAUGACAUCGUAGUGGUGAUCGACGCCUUGGACGAAUGCGAGAAUGAGAAUAGCAUUGGCCAAAUAUUGGACUUACUACUGGGGGUCGACCUUUCUGUACCUAUCCGGUUUCUCAUCUCCAGUCGACCCGAACCAGAAAUUUACCGUCGAAUGAUGCAGCGAACUGGUCAAAGCUUUGAGGCACGCCUUGUGUUGCACGAACUUGACCAGGGUGUUGUCAAGAAAGACAUCAAGACUUAUUUAAUCCAUCAACUUAACGGAAUUCCCUUGACGCCGGCCCAACUAGAUGCCCUGGUUGAACGCUCUGGAAUCUUAUUCAUUUACGCCGCGACCGCUGCCGCUUACAUUAGGGCUGGAUAUAUCCUUAUGGAGCAUCAAGAAAGGUUGGACAUGAUAUUGGGUAUAUCUACCCCUUCUUCGGAUGGAAAGGAUAAGUACAUCGACGAACUUUACAGGACAAUACUCAGCGCUGCAUUCAAUAAUUUCGCUCUUGAUAAAUCAGGCCGAGAGCGAAUGGGUACCAUCCUUAAUACAGUGAUUUGUGCACAAGAACCAAUGACAACCCAAACGAUUGCGGGUUUGCUGAAGCUCAAAAAUAGAGAGCAAGUACAGGCGCUAUUACGACCCCUUGGUUCGGUCAUUCAUGUGUCUGAAAGAGGGGGCCUUGUCACGGUGCUCCAUACAUCUUUCUCCGAUUUUUUGCUCGAUCAACAGCGGUCAACUUCGUUUUACUGCAAUCCGGCUCAAAACCAUGAGUCUCUUGCCCGAGUUUGUUUGGAAGCCAUCAAGAGCAAUGAUCCUCAAUUCAAUAUCGGGGGUAUCAAGUCCUCGUAA